AUGGCUUCAACAUUAUCAUCUCCCGCAUUAUGUCAACAAUCCCAAUGUGAUGCAUAUCAAUUUACUAUCUGUCGACAUUGUCAAUUAUUUCUUUGUAUUAGACAUUUAGCUGAACAUCAACAACAAUUUCCAAGUGAUUUUCAACGUUUAUUAGAUGAUGCACGUAGACAACAAGCACAAUUAGCAUCAUUUGAUAAACGAUUAACUGAACAACGUUUAAAAUUAAAUCAAGUUCUUGAUAAUGAAAUGGAACAUUUUAGACAAUUAAAUGCUUAUGUACAAUCAAAAGCAUCAGUAUCAAAUAAUAUUGGACCAGAUGAUUUUGUUAAUAUGCGUUCAUGUCUUGCACGAUUACAACAAACAGCUGCUUUUUUACCUGUUAUUGAUAAAAUUGGACAAUUAAUUGGUGAACAUGAAUCAGCCACAGCUACAAAUACUAGUAAUGCACCAUUUAAUGAUGAAAGUUUAUAUGGUACAUUUGGCGAUUCACGAUUGUUUUUGAUAUCAAAUCUUAAACACGACCAAAAUAAUAAAAAUGAUCGGCCUCGUUCAGAAAAUAUUUCAGAUCUACUAAUCGAAAAAGUAACAGAAAACGAUGAUGAACUACCAGAAAUUGAGACUAAUCAACCUCAUAAUUCAUUAACGGUUCGAGAAUUAAAAACUUACAAAUGUGACUAUUGUCCAUUAACAACCAAUACAUAUGGUAUUGAACGACAUCAUCAAGUUCGUCAUAUUCCAUGUAUACGUCGUUCAAAUUCUCAAAUAUCAUUAUUUGAACAUCUUAAACAAUAUCAUUAUUUGAAUUAUGCAGCAUCAAUGCAAAUUGUUCGUCUUGUAUCAUCGGGUGAUCUUGAUGAUCAUCCAACAUUAUUUUCAUCAGCAAAUGAAGCAUCAAUUGUUUCAAUACUUCCAUCAUUUUUUCGUGCACCAUGUCCAUUAACACGACAUAAUGUAUUUGGUCUUGGACCUAUGCAUGGUAUACGUUUAUGUUCACCAUCAGCUGAACAACAAGAUUUUGCAUUAUAUGAUCAUUUUCUUGCAUAUCAUCAAUUAAAUCGUGCAAGUGCUAUGAAAUUAGUUAAAGCUAUGAUGAAAAAUGAAAAUUCUAGUCAACGAAUAUUAUUUCGACCUGAUGAACAAGUUUUAAAUGAAACAGCAUAUGUAUCAUGUCCAUUAAGUAAUUAUAAUGCUGUUUUACCACAUCAAGAACGUAUACCACAUACACCGUGUCAAUCAACAGUUAAAUUACGUUAUUUAACUGGACAUUUACGUGAUGUACAUCAUUUAAAUAAAACAGCAGCCAAACGUAUUGCAUCAGCAUUACGUAAUGAACAGGGAACUAUUGAUGGAAGAUCGAUUGGGUUAUUUGAAAGAGAUGAAAAUAUUCUUAAAUCAAAAAAGAAAAAAAAUAAUGUAAAUCGUUUUCGACCACCAGCACAAUUAGCCAAAUAUGUUCAGCAAAAUAAUAAUCAUAAUCAACAGCAACCUCCACCACCUAUAUGGUGA